AUGGCAUUCUUUCGAAACCUAUUUCUAUUACUGCUCGUAGUCAACGCUGCAUUCCUCGGGUACGACCACUUUAAGGGCGGCGAUAUUGCUGUUAGCCUCGUUGACAAUGCCAAACGUCUGGAUGUACCUACCGUGCAAAACCAUUUCCAACAAACCUGGACCUCCAUCAAGUCGACCAAUCCUGAAAAGCUUGCUGGCCAUGUCAAUGCUGCCUUUGAUCAACUCAAGGGUUUCAACUCGUUCUCUGAUGUUGUUGACCACGUCCGUGCCAAGGUGUCUGGUGCUGUAGGCGGCUCAGCUGAUGGUGGCCGUAUCAUUCUUGAAGACAACGUAUUUGUAUUGAACGACAAGAACUUUGACAAGGUGAUUGAUGGUUCUCGCCCAGCCCUUGUUGAGUUUUACGCUCCCUGGUGUGGUCAUUGCAAGAAGCUUGCUCCUACCUAUGCUGAAUUGGGUGAAGCAUUUGCUACUGUUCAAGACCGCGUUGUUAUUGCCAAGGUCAAUGCCGACGAACAAAGAGAUUUGGGUGCUCGCUUUGGUAUCCAAGGUUUCCCCACUUUGAAAUGGUUCCCCAAGGGUGUCACUUCCCCUGAUGGUAUUGAGGAUUAUCGUGGUGGCCGUGAUCUUGAUUCCCUUAGCAAGUUUGUUCAUGAAAAAUCAGGUGUUCGUCCUCGUGUCAAGUCUCACAAGUCGGAUGUCGUUGUCCUUGACUCGCAAAACUUCAACUCGAUUGUGAAGGAUCCCAGCACAAAUGUCUUGGUUGAAUUUUAUGCUCCUUGGUGUGGUCAUUGCAAGAACCUUGCCCCCAUUUAUGAGAAGGUCGCUACUGCUUUUGCUAACGAGCCCAACUGCAAGGUGGCCAAGAUUGAUGCUGACAGUGAACGUGCUAUUGGUACCGAGUAUGAGAUUUCUGGUUUCCCCACCAUCAAGUUCUUUGGCGCUGGUGAGAACAAGGAACCUGUUGCAUAUGAAGGUCCUCGUACCGAAGCUGGUUUCAUUGAAUUCUUGAACAAGCAAUGUGGCACCCAACGUCUUGUUGGUGGCUCUCUUGAUGCUACUGCUGGUCGCAUUGCUGAACUCGAUCAAUUGGCUAUCAAGUUUGCCUCCACUUCUGAUAAGGCUGCUCGUGAAGCCAUUCAAAAGGAAGCUACUACUGCUGCUGGUGAAUUGGGUACUCGCAAUGCCAAGUUUUAUGGUAUCGUCAUGAAAAAGGUUCUCGAGAAGGGUGAUGGAUUCAUCAAGACUGAGAAUGCUCGCCUUGACAAGAUCAUCAAGUCCAAUACCGUGACCUCGAGUAAGGUGGAUGACUUUACUGUCCGCAAGAACAUUCUUGCUGCUUUCGAUAAGAAGGCUAAGCCCGUUAGCAAGGACGAAUUGUAA